AUGUCAGUGGAAGUGGGGAAUCAGACCACCCUGACUGAAUUCAUCUUAAUUGGUUUUUCAGCUGAUCCCUGGAUGCAAUUGAUCUUCUUUGGAGCUUUUUUGGCUCUUUAUUUGAUAACAUUGGCAGGGAACAUGAUUCUAAUUGUCUUAAUCAGAAUUGACUCCCGUUUGCACACUCCUAUGUAUUUUUUCAUUGGCAAUCUGUCAUUCUUGGAUUUCUGGUAUACAUCUGUAUACACCCCCAAAAUCCUGGCCACCUGUAUAUCUGAAGACAAGCGUAUAUCCUUAAUGGGCUGUGGAGCCCAGUUUUUCUUUUCCUGUGUUGUGGGUUACACUGAGUGUUACCUUCUUGCUGCCAUGGCCUAUGACCGUUAUGUAGCCAUCUGUAAUCCCCUUCUCUAUUCAGCUUCUAUGUCCAGAUCUCUCUGUGUUGGGCUGGUUUCUGGGUCUUAUAUAGCUGGCUUUUUGAAUGCCAUAGGCCAUACGGCUAACACAUUUCGCCUGAAAUUUUGUGGGAAAAAUAUCAUUGACCACUUCUUUUGUGAUGUUCCACCCCUGGUAAAAAUGUCCUGCACUGACACAAAGGUUUAUGAGAAGAUACUCAUGGGAAUGGUGGGGUUUGCAGUUUUGUCUAGCAUACUGGCCAUCCUGAUAUCCUACUUCAAUAUCCUCCUGGCCAUCCUUCGCAUCCGCUCAGCCUCAGGGAGAUGGAAAGCUUUCUCCACCUGUGCUUCCCACAUGAUCUCUGUCAUGCUUUUCUAUGGCACCCUCCUCUUCAUGUACUCAAGACCCAGCUCAGCUUAUUCCCUGGAGAAAGACAAGUUGGCUGCCCUGUUCUACACAGUGGUGAAUCCUUUGCUCAAUCCCAUAAUCUAUAGCUUUAGGAACAAGGAUGUAAAGGCGGCCUUCAGAAAAGCAAUACAAAACAUCAAAGUACCAAGAUGA